CUUCUUUAUUGUGUGCAAGAGCAUUUUCGGCAUUAUAUCUGCACAUUACAGAUUGCGAUGAAACAUUCAACUAUUGGGAACCGAUGCAUUAUUUACUGCAAGGAGAAGCUAAACCAAACUACAAUAUCAAUUUUCCGGAUUUCCACGAUGAGCGAGUCACGGAUGAGCGUCGAGCAGAUAACGGAUGAUGAGGAUCUGAAACUACAAAGCAAUUCAGUCGAAGAUGCUCGUUCCUGCUCAUCUUCAAUCUUGAACACUCCGGAAAAAGCGGACGAUGGUAGAGAUGAUUACGGUGAUGACGACGACAUCAACGUAACAUUAAUAUCAACGCCAUUCUCGAGAGUGCCAAAACAGCUCCAGGAACAUGCAAUGGAGCAAUCUUGCGGCCCACUUAACGAUAAAAGGAAAAGGUUAAGUGGAGCAGGCCAAAAGCGUCUCAAGAGACUAGUCGAUAGUGGGUACAGCCGCCAGGAGGCAUUCCGAAUGGCUCAAACCCCACAAGAACAAUCCGACGUAACCAAACGUCCCAGGAAUUCCGACUUAAAUGGGUCAAACACUAGUGGCAAUCCUCGUCCACAAAAAAUACGACGUCAGAAUUGGAAAGCUAACAUUCCCUCAGCAUCCACUUCUGUACAGCGGCGCAUCGAUAUGAUUAGACACUCAGGGCAAUCAAGAGGAACUGAGGGUAAGAUGCAACCAUUAUACCGAGAUGUUGUCAGUGGUGUAAAGUUAGGUAUUCUACCAAGAAGCUAUCCUAACAUAGAACUCACCACACAACAAUUAAUAGCUACGCAAAAUGAAAUUUUGAUCAGAGUAGAAAAGCAAAGAAAAGACACUCUAAAACCUAAGUUUGGACACUGUGCGUUCAAAUCGGGCUAUCUGGUGAUCUUUUGCAAAAACCAGGAAACAGCAACCUGGCUAAAAACUAUCGUUCCGUCCCUUAAACCUUGGGAGGGAGCAGAACUAGUAGCAGUAGACGAGAAAGAUAUUCCUCGUCCAGAAAUACUGAUUGGGUUCUUCCCAUGGAGUGCAGAAGACAGUAAUGAGAGAAUUCUUACACUUCUAGAGAGCCAGAAUGAUGGAUUAGCGGUUGAUGCGUGGAGAAUACUCCAACGCAACAUCGUAAAUCAACAUCUGGAAUUAAUUUUUACUGUCGAUGGAGUCUCCAUGAACUCGAUCAAGAGCAGUGAGUUUGUGCUCGACUUCAAAUUCGGGAAUGCACAAAUCAGAAAAAAGUUUCAUAAAAGAAAUCAAACAGAAACGAAGCCAGGCGAAGGAAAAAAACAAUUAAGUGGGGUGUCAGCGCUCAGGAGUAACCCUAGCGUCAUUGAGACCCACGAAGAAACUGGUGAUACUGAAAUGAUCAGUGACAUCCCAGGAUCAAGUGGUGUCCAAGAUGCGGGGCUAAACCCGGAGCAAUCUGCUCGUACCACAAAAGUCGAACUGGCAAAUCAGGGAUCAGCACCGGAGUAUAGAGAAAUAAAUCUCCAUGCUAAUCCAAAUAUUGGCAACCGCGGAGCUAACGUUGGGAAGCAAAGUCUACCACGCCAACGCGGCAACCCAAACAAAAUAAUUCAAUAAAAAUAUAAAAUUUGUUCAAGUGAAUCUUCAUCAUGCAAAGGGGGCAACUGCUGUACUUUGGAGAAGAUUCACAGAAAGCAAACUGGAUGUAGCACUGAUCCAGGAGCCAUGGACUAAUAAAAGUAGGAUACAAGGAAUCCCUACAAAUUCAUAAUUAAUUACAAAAGAUACCGUAGCAAUCAUGAUGGAGGUGCCAACGACCCAUGGCACAACUGAAAUUUGUAUUGCAUCAGCGUACUUUCCAGGAGACAUGGGAGAAGUACCUCCACCGGAGGUUGUAAAUCUGGUCUCUUAUUGUAAGAGACAUAACAAGGCAUUUAUCAUUGGAUGUGAUGCAAACGCGCAUCAUACAGUGUGGAGCAGCACAGAUACCAACC